UCUCAAAGCUUGGGUCCAAUUUCUGUUCGGGAAAAGGCCUCUGAGAGAGAUAGAUAAUAUUAACCUUCUGGGUUGGCGUGGUUUUGUAUCCUGGAGAUGGUUAAUGAGCAAAUUAACGAAUCAACUAACGAAUGAUUUAGUUAUUUCGAUAACUAAUCGACAUGGUUGGUCUUGGUGUUCCUUGUUGUGAAGGUGCGCCGGAGGAUUGUGAUGAUUUCUAUGCAAUCAGACCUGAACAUCAAGACGACGUCCCAAAGACCCAAUUUAAGAGCAGGCCCGGGAAAACUCUUAGUGAUAGAAAGUGGCAAUCUGCAUUCUCUCAAGAUGGUCACUUGGAUAUGGCAAAAGUUCUUCACCGAAUACAACGUGGGGGCAUUCAUCCAUCGAUCAAAGCGGUAGUUUGGGAGUUUUUGUUGGGCUGCUAUGAUCCAAAUAGCACGUUUGAAGAACGAAAUCAACUCAGGCACCGCAGGAGGGAGCAGUAUGAAAUGUGGAAAUCUGAGUGCAAAAACGUGGAACCAACCAUCGGCAGUGGAAGGAUUGUCACGACACCUGUCAUCACUGAAGAUGGGCUAACAAUACAAAAUUUGUCAACUUCUGACUUGAACAAUGAAGAUCUAGGGACACCAACACCUGAUAUAUCUCCAAGGCGUAUGAGCAGAGUCAGCAGAUUCAGCAGUAAAAAUGUUGAUUCUGUAGACAAAAAAGUUCAUCAGUGGAAACUUACUUUGCAUCAAAUUGGCUUGGACGUGGUUCGCACAGAUCGAUCACUUGUCUUCUACUUGGAUGAAGCUAAUUUGGCAAGGCUUUGGGAUGUUCUUUGUGUUUAUGCAUGGAUAGAUGAUGACAUUGGUUACUGUCAAGGAAUGAAUGAUCUAUGCUCUCCCCUGGUAAUUCUUCACGAAAAUGAAGCAGAUGCAUUUUGGUGCUUUGAACAUUUUAUGCGUAGAAUGCGGGGAAACUUCAAGACCUCAGCGAGUUCCAUUGGUGUUCAAUCACAGUUGAGUACACUUGCAGAAAUAAUUAAAGUUGUGGAUCCAAAACUUCACCAACACCUCGAGAACCUAGAUGGAGGGGAGUAUUUGUUUGCAUUCCGUACGCUGAUGGUACUUUUCCGUAGAGAGUUAUCAUUUGUGGAUGCAAUCUACCUUUGGGAGUUGAUGUGGGCCAUGGAGUACAACCCAAACCUCUUCUCACAAUAUGAGGACCCAAGUGCAACUACCGAUAAGAGUGCCGCACCCAAGGGAAAUGACAAGCUUCUAAAGCAAUUUGGCAAAUUUGAGAGGAAAAAUGUAGAAAAUGGUUCACUUGACCAACAUACUGCUUUUUCUGUGUUCCUCAUGGCGGGUGUUCUUGAGGCCAAGAAUAAGCGGUUGUUGGGGGAGGCUCAGGGUCUGGAUGAUAUUGUCAAGAUCUUGAAUGAUAUUACUGGAAAUUUAGAUGCAAAAAAGGCAUGUAGUGAAGCAUUGAAGGUUCACAAAAAGUACUUGAGCAUUACUAAGAACUCAUAGGUUGUGGUUGGAGACGUCAAUUUAUUUCGGGACCUCUUGACACCGAUUUGGCUGA